AAUGUGACUGGGAAAUCUCCUGUACUGUACACAUGUACUGUGGCUAACAACAAGCCAUCUAAUGAUUCUGGAUGCAUUGCAAUAUCUGCUCACAUACCAGUCACUAUUCUUCCACUGAAUGCUACAACUGUCACACUUUCGUGGACAAGCAGUGAAUUCUUCUCCACUUCAUUUCAAUACAACAGCUCUGUCAAUGCCUCUGGACUAGUAAUAACUCACUACAAAACGGUCCUACAACCUAACACUGGAUCUAUAGACGUUCCACUAGAUGAUGAAUUUGAAGGAUAUGAGCACAGCUUCACUCUUAGCCACAUCUAUAACUGUGAUCAAGUUAUAGGUUUAGCUGCUCCUGCUGUAAAGUUUGCCUUUGAUAAGGAGUAUUUUCAAAUUCAGUUUGGACCCUUUGACUAUUGCCUCGACUGGGGGGUAAAAAAAGUUUCGCAUAUUGAACAUCAGCUGCAGUCCAGGUUGAUUCGAAUCAUUCGUGAAACCUGUGCUGAAUGCUUUCAACUAUCGCCAUCCUUCCUGAGGAAAGGCGUGUUUCUUUGCCAUGGCAACCCCACUAAAACAACCUACCGCACAACUCUGGUUAACCCAUUCCCCACCACAAACUCCACCCAACUGGUGGGCAUUAUUCAGAGUUGGGUGUCCACGGGUCCCUCUCUCGUUCUAGACGGUCUGCUGGUGAGGGUGAGUCCCUCCUGGCCCCACCUCUAUCUCCAGUCUCGAUGAAGAAGAGUGUGAGACUGGAACCAGGUA